AUGUUACGAGCAACUACACGUCUCGCAAAAUUGUCAGAGAAGACAUUGAACACAAUAAGCGUAAACUGUUCCAAUCACUUGGGUGAUGGGCAAACCAGCUUCCUCGAAGUAAAUGUUGUACUUAACCAGUCACUGGAAGUUCCGCCACGAUCGUGCCCUCGACCUCUUCAGGCACAGGAACCUCCGCAACGAUCGUUCCCUCGACCACUACAGGCACAGGAAGCUCCGCAACUAUCGUUUCCUCGACCUCUUCAAGCACAGGAAGCUCCGCAUCAAUUAUUUAUUCGAACUCUUCAGGAACAGGAAGCUCCGCCACGAUAUUUCUCUCGACCACUAAAGGCAAAGGAAUCUCCGCCACGGUCUUUCCCUCGACCUUUACAGGCACCUCCGCCACGAUCUUUUCCUCGAUUUCUACAGGCACAGGAAGCUCCUCCACGAUCUUUCACUCGAGCUCAACAAGAACAGGCAGCCCCGCAACGAUUUUCAUCUCGACCUUUACAGGCACAUGAAGUUCCGCUACGAUCGUUCAAUCGACCUCAACAGGCACAGAAAGCUCCGCCAUGA